AUCAUUAUUUUAUUUCCUUCAUUUGGUUUCUUCUUCUUCGCCUUCUUCUCCGGAAUUCUCUCUCGUGCCUUUCCCAGCAAUCCAUAGUUUCUCUCUCUAAAUCCUCCCUCCCUCAAAGCUCUUUCCUUUUUCUUGUUCCCAACGAAAACGCUUACACAUUUGGCGAUCUAAUUCUGUUUCUUCCUCCUUAGAUCAUUUUUUUUUCUCAUUGAUUCUAUCGAGCACGCAUCAAUGCUUGGUCCCAACUUUUCUCCCAUGGGCAUCGCUUGGAAUGUAAAGAAAAAGGAUUAAUGCUCUAAUUUUGGCAUUCUACUGGAGUUCUAAUGAAGGUCUUGUUGACUUGUCGGUUUUACAUGACACGAGCUGAGUGCAGCUUGUAGAAGCUGCGUAUGAGAAUGUGGAUAAUUUUAUGGUUGAUUUUCAGUCAUUCUUUCGAUGAGAAGUGGAUUUCUCUCAACUUCAUAUAUUUCAUGCUACAGUCUUGCACUAAACUGUAUAUGCAAGCUUGUAACCUUCGCUGCAUUGAUACAGUAGACACCUCUAUUUGGAGGUUGUUAGAAGCAUAGUGACAUAUUGUUGGCUGUCAUUUGCUACAGCUAUAAUAAUGGAAAGAUAUACAAUUUUGGAAGAGCUUGGAGAUGGUACUUGUGGUAGUGUUUACAGGGCCUUCAAUAGAGAAACACAUGACAUUGUUGCUGUAAAGAAAAUGAAAAGGAAGUUCUAUUUUUGGGAGGAGUGCAUGAACCUACGAGAAGUUAAGGUCCUUCAUAAAUUGAAUCAUCCCAAUAUCAUAAAGUUAAAGGAGGUUGUCCGGGAAAAGAGCGAGCUGUUCUUCAUUUUUGAAUACAUGGAACAUAAUCUUUAUCAAAUAAUGAGAGAACGUCAAGGACCCUUUUCUGAGGAAGAGAUUCGGAGCUUUAUGUCUCAGAUGCUGCAGGGACUUGCUCACAUGCAUAGAAAUGGAUAUUUUCACCGGGAUUUGAAACCUGAGAACUUGCUGGUGACAAAUGACGUUCUUAAAAUUGCUGACUUUGGGCUGGCUAGAGAAGUAUCAUCAAUGCCUCCUUAUACUGAAUAUGUUUCUACACGUUGGUACCGUGCACCAGAAGUCUUGUUGCGGUCUUCUUCUUAUACUCCUGCAAUUGAUAUGUGGGCUGUUGGUGCAAUAUUAGCUGAACUUUUCACUUCAACUCCUAUUUUUCCUGGUGAAAGUGAAAUAGAUCAACUGCAUAAAAUAUGCUGCAUUCUGGGAGCACCAGAUGGGAGUUCUUUCCCUGAAGCAACAAAUAUCUCUCACUUAGUCAAUAUCACUUGUUCAGAAAUCUUGCCUGCCAACCUAUCUGAUAUCAUUCCCAAUGCCAGUUCUACAGCUAUUGAUUUAAUCAUGCGAUUUUGUUCAUGGGACCCAUUAAGGAGGCCAACUGCUGAUCAGGCAUUACAGCAUCCAUUUUUUAAUGUGGCCUCGUUGGUUCCUUAUCCACUCCAUGAUCCACUUGAGCUGAGGCUAAAUAACAUGGGAGAGGAGCCAAAUCUGGAGUUGAAUCUGUGGGACUUCAGCACUGAACCUGAUGAUUGUUUUCUUGGCCUGACGCUGGCUGUGAAGCCUAGUGUUUCAAACUUGGGGGAGGUCAGUAAUGUAUCUCAAGGUAUGGGAGAGGAUUUACUGUUUUGUCCUAGCCUGCAAGAUCAUCCUGAACAAACAGUUUUCUGGUCAUUACUUUCUCCUGAUCAAAAUAGGAUUCACAGGCCUGUUGAAUCUUCCUUGUCACUAUCAUUCGGGUAAGUUCUACAUUUCUGCCAUCCCACGGUAAAACUGGUCUCUCUGUGAGAGUAGAGGACAGACAAGAGGGUCUAAUGAUCAGUAGUCAACAACGGGAAUCUAUCUUUAGAACCCAAAUUGCCUUUUGUAUAGUCUAAAGUUUUCUCCCAUGUUGUGUUUUAACUUCAUCAAUGGAGCAUAACAUAUUGCAUUUGCUUUUCAUUCCAAAAAUUUCCUUUCCAGCUCAAUUCAGCAUCCAUCUAUCGGAGUUCCACAAUCCACUGGUUUUGCAAUUGCAUCGUUGCAACCCAAUGUUUUGGAACAUCAAUUAUUCACCGUCUCAUCCCCCUUGCAGCAAAGUCAUUGCCUUUGAUUGAGUUGGUGGCUAAUCUUAUAAGGAGAGUUUGUAGAAAGCAUUUGUAAUUUAUUCUUUUUUCCUUCUUGUAAAGCAUUACCAGCUCAUAGUUUACAUGGCUGCCUGAUGUAACCAUCCGCAAUUGCAUCGGCAGAAUCUGGCCAGGCAAUCGCCUCUGGGAUGAAAGUUUUUAGAUUCCCAUUUCUCUUGAAUACAUAAUUGUACCUAUAUAGUUACCAGUUAGGAAAUCAAAUCUAUGUCUAGUUACAUAUAUGAAAAAUAUGAAACUACUUCCUCUUUUCCGAGAUAAAUGGUUUUUUUUUCU